AUGAUGAUUUCCUGCAACCAGACAAGAAUCACAGAGUUCAUUCUGAUGGGGAUUCAAGGUUCUGAGAGUCUGAAUUAUGCACUUUUUGUUAUGUUUUCUAUCACCUACAUUUUCACAAUAGCAGGAAAUUCCAUCAUUAUUCUGCUGAUUUUGGGAUGUGACAAGCUUCACACACCAAUGUAUUUUUUUUUGUGUCAUUUAUCCCUUUCAGACCUCUUACUGUCUUCAAAUGUGGUUCCAUACCUGUUGUGUACCUUAUUAAGUAAAGCCAGACCCAUGCUGGUGAGUUCUUGUGUCACACAAUACUAUUUUGGUUGCUCCUCAACCAUUUCUGAAUGUUUUCUCCUGACGGCAAUGUCUUUUGAUCGAUACGUGGCCAUCUGCAUUCCAUUGCACUAUAACACAAUAAUGGACAUUAAGGUCCUUUCCCACCUUGUAGCUUGGUCUUGGUCGCUUGGGUUUCUUAUCAGCCUGACCUCUAUCAUUCCAGUAUCUCUUUUGGAGUUCUGUGGUUGCAAUAUCAUUGACCACAUCUACUGUGACCUUGCUCCUCUCCUUGCUGUGUCCUGUUCAGACACCUACUUCUUGGAAAUGGAAUCUAUUAUAUUUUCUAUACCUAUUCUGCUUCUUCCCUUCAUGUUUGUCAUAGUGACUUACAUUCGAAUCUUCUCUGCUGUCCUGAAGAUUUCCACCACCUUUGGAAGAAGGAAAGCCUUCUCCACCUGCAGCUCCCACAUCAUCGUAGUUACAAUUUUCUAUGGAACAUUAAUCUCUAAAUACACAGCUCCUUCUUCUGGAAGUUCAUUGAAUGUCAACAAAUUAAUCUCCCUUUUAUAUAUUGUGUUUACACCGCUACUGAAUCCUGCCGUGUAUAGUCUACGGAACCAGGAAAUAAGGGAAGCUAUACAUAAAUGGGUACAUGUGAAAUAA